AUGGAGGACGAUGAGGCGCAUCAAUGGUCUGUAAACAAGUUAUUGGCUGGAUUGGAGCGAAUUGUUUCGAAAGAGGCAAGUUGUUUUUGAAUAAAAACAGUUUUUCAAUGACAAACAAUUUCAGAAUGUUCCUUCUUUCACUAAAGACGAACUCGACCAGUUCCGUUUGAGAGACUGUCGCAACAAUCGAGAAGCUCUCAAAUUUUUGGAAUUUGUCCAUAAAAAAGCUGGAACACAACUUGAAAAGUUCGGAACACCAAAGGAAAUGUUGGAAUCAUUGAUUGAUAUGCGAUCUGCCAUCAGAUAUUAUUGGUUCAAAAACAAAAAUACUUUUUUCACCGAAGAAUAUUUAAAUGCUUCGAUUCAUGUUCCAUACAGUGAUGAAAACGGUGUUCGAUUCAUUCCUAAAUUUGAACUCGUACCAGAAUUAUAUUCAUUGUCUUAUCAGGUUUUUGUUUUGAAUGCACACGUAGUUAACAAUGUUAGCCGUGUAUUUACUGAAGCUUUUCUGCUUUCACAAGCCAAUUUUCUACUCAAAAAACUUGAAAAUUCAUAUGAUCUGCUUGCUUACGAAGGUUGGGAAACGUAUGAUAAAUUUUUGAGAACACCAAGAUCGGUUAGUUUUUUUUCAUUUUUCCCAUUGGUUGUUCUACAUGAUGUGUUUUUACAGGUUUCCCUCACAGAACCACCACCAAAAAGAGUCAGCGUUGAAGACUUCUUGAAGCUUCGAGAAAAUUUUUAUGAAAAUAACGAACAUCUCUUCGAUGAAGCCUUUGAGAAAUUCAAAAAAAUCACGAAUAUCAAGCCGAUCAAGGAGAAUCAAAAGUUUUAUAUUACAAAUUACCGAGAGGCAAUGACAAAUGGAGUACUCUUAAAACAACUUGAAGAAACUCUCAAGCUUUUUAGAGAUGAUAAAGUGAUUAGUUUAAUGAUUAAUGAUAAAUCAAUAUUCAUUAUUCUUUUAGGAAAUUGACUUCCCUGUUGUUCGACUUUUCAUCACCGACGAUGACGGAUUUUUGCUUCCGCAAGAAAUCAAAAAAGCUAUUCUCGUCUUGUUUCGUAUGAUGAAAAAGACACCGUGCGAUAUGUCGGAUUUUAUUCCAACGGAAACGACAGAAGAGAGAAAACUUGGUAUUAUAAAUACAAUGGCAUUUGAAAGAUUCCGUCAAAUCGUAAUGUUAAUCAAAAUUGGAUAUCAAAAUUUCAAUGUGAGUCGUGUUAUCUAGUGAGGGAAGUGUGUGACCAGUCCCCGGAGAUUUUCAAUGCGACCUGUGUUCUUUUGGUCAGUUUUUCACGCUGAGAAAGAUCCCGUUUUCAGUUUUUUUCUGAACGACUCUGAAGAGCCAAAAAGUUGAGAAUUUCAUGUAAGAAAUGAUUGAAUGAUGUUGUUCAGGAGGGUCGAUUUACCAAAGUCACAAGUUUUCAAUCAGUAAAUCCAUACUUUUUCAGAAAAAAAUUUUUGGCUCAGGUUUUGGAUUGCACAUUUUUAAAUUUUUGUAAAAUUCUGUCAAAACUUGUGACUUUGGUGAACCGACCCUUCUGAACAACGCGAUGCAUUCAAUUUUCCAUAAAAAUAAUUUCUAACAUGAGUUAUGGGCUCUCAAAAACGCGAUUUUCAGGAAAUUCUCAACUUUUGGUUCAUUUUUGGGCUCUUUAGAGAGUCGUUUAGCAAAAACUGAGAACAGGAUCUUUCUCAGCGUGAAAACUGACCAAAAAAACACAGGUCGCAUUGAAAAUCUCCGGGGACUCAAAACACACUUCCCUCGUAAAUAAAAGAGUUCGUCAAAUUAUUCUGUUUAUAGGUGGUUCGAAUCGAGUUGCGCAAAAGUUUGAUUGGUAGCAAACUUCCGGUUUAUUCCACUAAUGGAAAUCCAAUGAAACCAGUCAAAGAUGCUUUUGCUGAUGUUAUUCAUUUCAUAACUGUUGUUUUGAAAGUUGCAGAUAUUCCAAAAAUAACCGAGUUUAUGGAAAAAUUCAAUGUUUUCAAUUAUAAAAAAGAAGGUUAUUGCAUUGAAACAUGGAAAAUUGAUGAGAUAAUGGACGAAGCUAGAAAAUAUUUUGCAAAAGUUGAAAAACGAACUUACGAAGUUCCAUAUAAAUCAACUUAUUCGAAAAAUGAAGUUCUCGAAGAGAUUGUGAAACUUGGUGCUCCAAAAAUGAACGAAGAUCCGGAAAUUGACAAGGAAAUUUUGAAAAUGAUUGGAACUUUCUCAAAAAUCGAUUAUCGGCGAGUUUAUCAGGUGUUUUAUUCGAGAGUGUGUAUUGAAGUCAAAAAGCAAAGUAUUGUUAUGAAGAAAACUGGAAAGAAACCAAACACUCCGAAAAUGGUUGAAGAAGAAGUAAUUCCUAAUUUGGACAAAACAACUACAAAGCUUCUCGAAAUUAUUCAGUAAGAUUUUGAAGCAAAUAUACCUAAUGAGAAACAACAUGUUUUUCAGCCUUUCUCUUGCUCAUUUCUCAAACAAAUCAUUCAAACCAAUGUCGGAAUUCGAAAGUGUGCUCAAAAAGAAUUUUGGUGCCAUUUUUGAUGAUGAUUCAUGGGCUUGUUUGGCGAAGGUAUGCAGUCAUUUUAGCAUAAUUUAAUUUGAAAAAAUGAAAUAUUUUCAGAUCAUCAAGAAACGAGAUUUGUUGAAACCUAUCGAAAACCUUUUUGAUUUCAAAAUUGAAAACAAUGAGAUCCAAUUCAAAAAGAAGACAGUUUUCGAAGUUGAACCAAUUCAACAAAAACUUAUUGAAACAGUCGAAGAACAUGAAAGAGCCAGAUCGAAAAGUUCGAAGAAAUUGGAAGAUAAAACGAAAAAAGCUGAAGAAAUGCGUAAAACUAUCGAUAUUAUGCAAGAAGCUUUGAAAAAUUUAGAAGAACCCAAUAAAACUGCAAAAAGUUAUCAAGAACAAAUCGACAAUUUGAAAAAAGAAUUGAAAAGAAAGGAUGAAACAAUCGAAAAUUUAUCACAAAAUAGUGGAAAAUCAGAGAAAAAAUGCAAAAAUGUGGAUGAAUUAAUUGAAAAAUUCCGAAGACGCUCAACAAUUAAUUUCAAAGAAGUUAUUUCAAACGUCAAAAAAUUAUCAGAAAAGAAUCCAAAUUCUAUUGAAAUGCUCACCGCUAGGGAUGGAAAAGCGGGCCCCGCUUACGUGAAAACGUGACCUACUUUUUUUGGCAUCGCUUUUUUUGCCAUAUCGCCCGAUCGCCCGUUCGCCGCCUAAAAAUAGAAAUGGCUCAUUUUUUCACGUGUCGACGAAUGUUUUUUCAUAACAAAAAUUUUUCGGAGACGAACGGGCGAUCGGGCGUCUGGGCGAUCGGGCCUCCGGGCAAAUGGGUCGUCCAGAAAUGGGGCGAUCGGGCGGCCCUAACGCCCAUUUUUCCAUCCCAUUCACUAAAUUGGAAGUUUUGAAAUUUGAAGAAAAUAUUGAUACUUAUUUUGAGAAAUUUGAGAAGCAAUUUGAGAAAAUCAAGAAACUUCCAAAUGUUAAAUUUGAGGAAUUGGAAGACAUCGAUGAUUUUCCAAGUGAAGAAUUCAUGGAAAAAUAUAAUAAAUGGAUGAAAGAGUAUAAAAUUUAA